GGAUUACGAGUCCGGACGUCCGCACGUGGUUGCCGGCUUUGGGGGUAUCGCUGUAGUAGCGACACAUUCCGCUGUUGCCCCGAAGUGAAGGAACCGAGGUGCAGCGAGAGCCAUGGAGGGCCAGAGCGUGGAGGAGCUGCUGGCCAAGGCGGAGCAGGAGGAGGCGGAGAAGCUGCAGCGCAUCACGGUGCACAAGGAGCUAGAGCUGGAGUUCGACCUGGGCAACUUGCUGGCUUCGGACCGCAACCCCCCGACGGUGCUGCGCCAGGCGGGGCCCUCGCCGGAGGCCGAGCUGCGGGCCCUGGCGCGGGACAACACGCAGCUUCUCAUCAACCAGCUGUGGCAGCUGCCCACCGAGCGCGUGGAGGAGGCGGUGGUAGCGCGCUUGCCGGAGCCCGCCACACGCCUGCCCCGCGAGAAGCCGCUGCCCCGGCCACGGCCGCUCACCCGCUGGCAGCAGUUCGCGCGCCUUAAGGGCAUCCGUCCCAAAAAGAAGACCAACCUCGUGUGGGACGAGGUGAGUGGCCAGUGGCGGCGCCGUUGGGGCUACAAGCGCGCACGGGAUGACACUAAGGAAUGGCUGAUCGAGGUGCCCGGGAGCGCCGACCCCAUGGAAGACCAGUUCGCCAAGAGGAUUCAGGCCAAGAAAGAACGCGUGGCCAAGAACGAGCUGAACCGUCUGCGGAACCUGGCCCGCGCGCACAAGAUGCAGAUGCCCAGCUCAGCCGGCCUGCACCCUACGGGACACCAGAGUAAAGAGGAGCUGGGCCGCGCCAUGCAAGUGGCCAAGGUCUCCACCGCUUCGGUGGGACGCUUCCAGGAGCGCCUCCCCAAGGAGAAAGCGCCCCGGGGCUCCGGCAAGAAGAGGAAGUUUCAGCCCCUCUUUGGGGACUUCGCAGCCGAGAAAAAGAACCAGUUGGAGCUACUUCGAAUCAUGAACAGUAAGAAACCUCAGCUGGACGUGACGAGGGCCACCAACAAGCAGAUGAGGGAAGAGGACCAAGAGGAGGCUGCGAAGAGGAGGAAGAUGAGCCAGAAAGGCAAGAGAAAAGGGGGCCGGCCAGGACCUUCCGGCAAGAGAAAGGGCGGCCUUGCGGGUCAGGGAGAGAAAAGGAAAGGAGGCUUGGGAGGCAAGAAGCAUUCCAGGCCGCCUGCGUCAGGGGGCAAGAAGACAGGAGUGCCGCGCCAAGGUGGGAAGAGGAGGAAGUAGUGUUCUCCCCUCUGGACCUGCUCUGAAAAGCUAGGACUGUAUUGAAAGUUAAGUUGUGCGUCCUGCAGGCUGGCUCAGGAGGUGGCUGCUGUCCUCAGUGAGAUUGACAUUGAAGUGACAGGUUUGCCUCCCCGCGAGUCAGUGCUGGACUACGAACUAAUGGAGACGCUGACUGGAAGUUGGUGUAUUUUGGAACAUGAGAAUUAUAGAAAUGACAUGGUCAGAACCAGGUGUAAGUUAAGGCCUGCCUUUUUUAUCUUGACUUUGGAUACUGGGUAAGAGUUGAUCAGAUUUCUGAGUUAUAGUAGAUUGGUUUCAACAUUUUUGCAUUAUUUUUGUAACAAAGCUUAUAUAUUUAUCAAAGCAAAGGAGGAUGGGGGAAAAUUACGUCCACCUGUGAUUUACAAGUAUUGUAAAGGUAUGCUUUAACCUGAUGUUGCUUUUAACUUUUACUGUCGGUAGGGGUUGUAUGUGAAGCCAGUAACCUGGGUACCAGUACGGAGUGUGCUUGAGAAAAACAAAGUAGUUACAAUGGUUAUAAAAAGACCCCUUGUAUUAGGAAAACUUUGCCACUAACUAUUAAUAUUAAAAGUAUAGUGCUUUUUGAUGUUGGUUCAGGUGGUACAUUUGGCCAGUGAAUUGCUUUAAGUGAUAAAUUGGAACCACACUAAGUAAUGGUAAUUAACCUUUUUACUCCAGAAAAUCGUUGUCAUUUUGUUUGUAACCAAUGGCUUUUGUUUAAUUGGCUUGAGUUUAGCAAGUGCUGGUCUGGAAUUCAGUAUGGAGCCAAGGCUGAGGUUAGAGAGGAGCAGCCACACCCAGCAGGAGACUUCAUGUUUAUUUCUGUCCUGGAUGUUUUUCCCUGUUUCAUUGUCUUAAUUUUGGUCUUAAUAAACUUAUCUUUGCAUAAUUAAUA